AUGUCCCACGGAAAGCCAUUUACGUUGUACUCCCAUGUUGGUGGACCCAACGGCUGGAAAGUCGCUUUCGUGUUGAACGAGUUGGGUCUGCAAUAUGAGACGAUUUACUUUGAAUUUAGCAAAAACGAGCAGAAGUCCCCCGAGCAUCUGAAGUACAACCCGAACGGCAGAAUUCCUACUUUAGUUGACCACAGCAAUCAUGACUUCGUUGUUUGGGAAUCCAAUGCAAUUUUGACAUACUUAGUGGAGAAGUAUGACACGACCCAUAAGAUCUCUAUGGCUGAUGCCGGUGAGAAGGUCGCUCAGCUUCAGUGGCUAUUCUUCCAAGCGUCGGGUCAGGGGCCUUACUUCGGCCAAGCAGGCUGGUUUCUACUUUACCACCACGAGAAGCUUCCUAGUGCCAUUGAAAGAUACCAGAAAGAAGUUAUACGCGUCUUCGGUGUACUGGAAAGUGUUCUAUCGAAGCAGGACUGGCUCGUUGGCGGAAAAUGCACCAUCGCAGACCUCUCAUUCAUUCCAUGGAACAACGCAGCACUUAAAAUGCAUGUUGCGGAUUAUAGCGGCUUCGAUUUUGAGAAGGAUUUCCCAGCAGUCUACAAGUGGCAUAAUGCCAUGCUAUCAAGGGAGUCUGUUAGCAAGGCCCUCGCCGAGAGACAAUCCCUGUUGGCAAAGUAG